AUGUCUCAACUCACCACGCCAUCGAGCAACAACAGCGAUGGCAACAAGGACAACAGCAGCAACAACGAGAACGACAAGAACAACAACGACAACAAAACCCCAAGCAAAAAGUCCUCCAGAAAACCCUUGCCCCCCGUCUGGGAACGCACCAACCCCCGCUACAUCGACAUGAACGAUGUAAUGGCCACAACCAACCAGCUCGACAGCGUGAAACACCACCUCAACACGCUCCGCCAAAAGCUCGCAUCCGUUGCCACCCGAAUCGCCUCUCUGCCUUCUUCUUCUCCUUCUUCAUCAUUAUCAUCGUCUUCUUCUUCAUUGUAUUCAUCAUCCUCAUCCUCAUCAUCAUCAUCUCUUCCUCCUCCUUCCCCCUCCCCCCUAACCCUCCACGCAAUCCACUCCCACGCAGGGCUCCGGGGCAACGCAGACCAACUCGGAGCGAUUCUGCAGUACGCGGAUGAAAUUCUGUUGAAGCCGCAUGAUAUUGCAGAGAGAGAAAUGGUGAAGAUGAAAGCAGGAGAAGUGAGGGCGUGGAUUCGGGGUUUGGUGCGCGAUGUGACGGCUUUGGAGGAGUGGAUUUCGAGGACGGAUUGGAAGAAGGAAAAGGAGGAGAAGGAAAAGGAAAAGCGGGAGAAGGAAAUGGGGGAGAGGGAAAGGGGGGAGAUGGUGGAGAGGAUGGAGAGGGAGAGGGAGGAGAAGUUGAAGCAGGAGGGAGAGGUGAAGGAGGUGGAGAAGGAGGGAGAGCAGGAUCUGACGCAGUAG